CCCCGCCCCCGCCCCCGGCCCUGGCCUUCCGGCCCGGGGCGUCCACCCUCACACCCUGGCCGACAUCCAGCAGCCGCUGCAGAAGGCGGCGCCUUUGGGGCGUUCGCUGCCGCUGCCGCUGCCACUGCCGCUGCCCCUGCCACUGUUCGUGGAGCCGAGCCCCGGUAGCAUGGCGUACAUCGACGAGGACCUCCUAUGGUGUCCCGACGGUGACGACGCCGGGGGGAUCGCAGAGCUCGAACAGUGUUUGGAGGCAGCGACAGUGAGUCAGAGCAAGGCCAGUUCAGACUCCCAACUCCAAGGACCAAAUGGACCAGCAACGAACCAAACGCCACAAAGUGGCUCCACUCAGCAACAGAAUCAACAGCAGACGGGAAGCUCAACCCAGGCUAGCACAUCAGGCGCUUCACAGGGUGCCUCUCAAAGUGUUUCACAGCCUGUGCCUCAGAGCGUCCCACAACCUGUGACACAAACUGUGCCACAGGUUGUUCCUCCUCAGACCGUCCCCCAGGAAGCAGGCGCACCACCCAGGACACCACCUGGCUCCUUAACAGGCCUGGGAGAAUUAACUCAGCAAGACCUCUCAGGUCUUGUUGGUGAUGGAAAUGAAGAUGAUCCUGAAGACCUAUUUCAACAACUGGGUGACUCUCAUUUUGAGCUUGACAACUUCUUUAUGGCUGAACUUGAGGAAAAAGUACGACAGGCAGCAGAACCUAAUUUUAAGGAGGAAAAUAACAACGAAGUACUGUCUGGCAAUGGAAAUCCUCAGGACACCACUAGAAGUAGCGGAAGCAGGGGAACUACCAGUAGUAGCAGCAGAGGGGCCAGUACAGGUAGCAACAACAGUAAUUCAACAACCACCACCACCACCACCACUAGCAGCACCUCUAGUACUAGCAACGACCCCAACAUGGCUGCUCUAAUCCACGAAAUGAGAACCAAUCGAUCUAAAUUCAACAUAGCAGCAGCGAACCCUUUACUAGCAGAAAAAUUAUCGUCACCGGCAAGCUGUGCGGUGAGCAGUAGUGCUUCGUGCCCAGAUGGAUUUAACGACGGCGCCCGCCUGGACAUCAAGAUGGAGUGCACGGGGCUGGAGAUGGACGACUGUCAAGUCUCGGUGGACACGUCGGAGCACCGCCUGCUCAUGGGCAUGAACCUGCUGCCGCCCAUGGCGUCGCCGUCGCCGCCCCCGGUGGUGAAGCGGGAGCCGGGCGUGGAGCCUGUGCACGCGCUGCCCCACCCCCUGCCCCCUCACCACCCCCACCAACCUCCCCACGCCCACCGGGUGCCCCCCUACACCACCACUGGUUCCCUACCCCCAAGCCCUGCUGACUCCGGUGUCUCCGACGUCGACUCCAGCAGCUCGGGUCAUACCUCCAACGACGAGCUGAGAGCGAGGCUACACCCUACUGCAGGUCAGUACACACCCAGACGCAUGCCACAUGCUAUCAACUAUUUAGUGACUUUUUUAAAGCAAAUGAAAUGUUAUUUUCUUUUGAAAAUAAUUGACAAGAAUAUUUUGUCACGUAUACGCGUAUACUAUAGUUGCCUGUAUUCGCUAUAGUCGGCUAUAGUUUCCAUUUUGGGGGUUCUGACUACGAGCUUGUGUGUGUUCCGCGCUUCGAUCACCUCAUGACUUUGCUUUUGUGCCGUUUUACCUGCUGUUGCAUUUUCAUUUUUGAUUGUUGUUUUUAUUUUUAUCUUGAGUUUUCACCACGACAAUGAUGAUGCUCGCCACCGCACGUACGUACUGUUGGCUCAUGGCGAGCGGGGCAGAGCAAGAGCAGAAACUGAGCCGGUUGACCGGUGCUGUGUCUGUUGCAGGUGACAGCCCGCGUGCUGAAACCCCCCCGGGACCAACCGCUGGUGAUGUGUUAACCCCCCGGGACCAAAGUCACCACUGGUGAUUCGGGAUUGUGGCUUAACGACGAGACAUUUAACUUUUGGGUCUACAUCACCAGCCUUACCUUUUAUUGAUUAAAUUCAAACAUAGGUUUUCAGCCGCGAAUUUUUUU